CUGUGUCCUCUGGAUAUCUGCAUUUUGAAAUGGGAGACCUGCGGAGGUGCCUGAACAGCGGAGAAUAUGGAGCACUGAAAGAUUGUGAUCUGUAUCAGUAAGAUGUGAUGGAGAGCUGCAUGUGGACUGUGGCAGAUAAGUUUGAGAUACCGAGUCUACAUCAACAAUUCUGAAACUCUCAUGGUCCACCAAUUAUAUGUUACCAAGGCAGGAGAUAUUGCCACCAGAGUCACCAUGGGCAUCGCUGCCAGUAGCCCACAUCUAGAGAUGCCUGAUCUUAUGCUGCUGGCACGGCCAGUUCCCUGCCUAACAGAAUGGUGUGUAUGUCAGUGUCCUGAGGCGCUGCCUUUCGCAGAUGAGGAGCUGCAGCUGUUUGCGCUUCUGCCCUUGAAAUUCGUUCGUCUCUAUAUCCAUGAUGAAUCACGGUUCCAGCUCAAAGUCCGUCUGGCGAAUGGCCGCACUUUUUAUCUGCAGCUUCUAGCACACCCCCUCAAGCAGGAUGAGAUCUUUGGGCACUGGAUACGGCUGCUAUACCGCUUGCGCUUUUACCGCAAUGAUGCCCCCCUUACUUAUGAAAAGGAGACUGCACUGCAUCAUCGUAGAAAUACCUUUAAUUAGGAAGAGGAAAAGGAGCAAUUUUUCCUGGUAAAGAAGAAGACGCCGCCGCUCAGGGGAACCAAGGAUUUCUCUAUCCCCUCAUAGUCAUACACACUAAUACAAAGUAAGGUUCUCCUCCCAGCAGAAGCUCACAGUGUUGGAUACUUUCCUCCCCACAUGAAGUUACUGCAAAUUCCCCACUCACUUACCCCAUCAAUAAAUGAAUGGACAAAACUGCUUUGUACAUAGCUGAUAAUUGUAAGACAUCUGCUCAGACCUGCCAUCCUCUAAACAAGAACAUCUCUUCCUCCACAGUCUUCCACCCCAUCUUAGAUGUUGCCGACCUUUCCAACAGGAAGAGGGAUCCAGAUUAGUCAAUCAAUUCACUUUAUUGACACAGGAACUGACUGAACAGACAGACAGAUUAGGAGAAGGUUAGCUGGAUUGUUGUAAUUCUGCUCCAAAUAUGAUAUGUGUGGCUUCUGUAAUAGGGUUGGUGGUAAAAGAAGAGAGACUGGUCUUGAUGCACUUCUGCCCAGCCUGUGCACAAUAUAGGAAAGGACACUGGAGCAAAAAUGAGGUGACUACAUGCUGAGGAAAAAGCAGAGCAAGAAUCACUGUUUGUGGAAAUUGGGAGUAAAUAGGUCAUUUGACUUCCCCCUCAAGGCCCCCUUCCAUGCUCCCCAGUCUUUCCAAUAUUUCAGUGCUCCCAGAUAAUUCAGGUAUGACAGAGUUCUUCUUCAGGAGUCCAAACUGAGAUCUACAGAAUCAUCUGGAGUCAUCAAACUUUGUGCUACAAUAACAGUAAUGGAUUCAGGCUUUAUUUCACCUCAGAAAUGAUUGGAUGAUACAGAAGAUGCUAUAAACUUGAGGGUGGGGAAUGGACUGAUGUUAGAGACUCAUCCAGACUCUUUGGCUCACUAGAUCUUAAACCAGUGUUUAGGAUUUACAUAGUACACCUGAGUAAGAUGGGCUGAAUUUGCCUAAGUUCGUGAUGUAAAACUUAUGCAAGCACCACCUUUUUAAAAAAGAUGUAGUCCUGAUCAUCAGGUUAUUUUCUAGUACACCCAAGUCACUUCUUUCUAGAGGAAUACAGAAAGCAUUGUUGUCCUCUGGAUCCCAAUCAUUAACUUAUUCCCUCUUUAGAUAUAUUGAAAAAUAAAUACACCAUUUAUUUGAA